GAAAAAGGAGAGAGUUUUUACCGGAUUUGGUCAUGUCAAGACCCGGUUCGUAUCCGGAAAGUGCUGGAGAGACUGGAGUAAUAAUGGUCCGGCCCGGAUGAAACCCUAGUCCCAAAACCCCGCAAUCGAUUAGUACGUUGGAUUCGGAUUUAGCCAUCACCGGCGAAUAGGACUCGGUGAAAUGUACGGAUCGGCGACAGUCCUCGACGACUCUGAGCGAACAGCUUUCAGAAAAGCGGAGAAGAAGUACAAGCUAUACUACGACGACACCUCCAAAUCCUCCAAAAAGAGAAGACAACCAAAACAAGUGGAUUUAUCGGAGGUCCUCGAUUUCAAGUCCGUUCUUGAAUCUUACCGUCAGAACGGUGUCCUUCCUCCAGGAGUCGUCGCUCUUCAUAGCGAUUCCGAUCGUCCCCUGUUCUGCUUGGAAAGUCGCCCUGGGUUUUAUUUCGUUCCUGAAGCCUUGAGUAUAGAAGAACAAUGCCAAUGGAUAAGGGAGAGCUUAACCACUUUUCCUCAGCCUCCGAACAGAACGAAUCACAAUGCGUUUUAUGGGCCAGUACAUGACUUGUUUGUUGCUGCAAAAGAAAAGAAAGUAUUGGUUGAAGAAGCGAGUGUUCUGACUAGUUUGGAGUCUGAAUGUAAUCCUUCCGCCAGCAAUGGAGAUGUCCACAAAUGGAAGUUUUGCGAAGAACAUGAAGUGUCUUCACGGGGGAACACGUGCAAAUCAAUUUCGUCCUCUGUUCUUUUGCGGAAGUUACGUUGGAGCACCCUUGGCUUGCAAUUUGACUGGUCCAAGCGGAACUACAAUGUCUCUCUCCCACAUAACAAGAUCCCUGAUGACCUCUAUCAACUGGCUAAAAGAAUGGCUGCACCUGCAAUGCCUAAGGGGGAAGAGUUCCAUCCAGAAGCCGCAAUAGUCAACUACUUUGGGAUGGCUGAUACACUUGGGGGCCACCUUGAUGACAUGGAAGCUGAUUGGAGUAAACCUAUCGUAAGCUUGAGUUUGGGCUGCAAAGCUAUUUUCCUUUUGGGAGGAAAGUCUAGAGAGGAUCCUCCAUUAGCAAUGUUCCUUCGGAGUGGUGAUAUUGUUCUUAUGGCUGGAGAGGCAAGAGAAUGCUUUCAUGGCGUGCCCAGAAUCUUCACAGACAAAGAACAUGCUGAAAUUGUCCCGAUUGAGUCACAAUUUUCAGUUGAAGAUGAUAUUUGUUUCUUAGAAUAUAUCAGAACUUCAAGAAUCAACAUAAAUAUCAGACAAGUCUUUUGAGUU